GGCUGUACUAUCAGCAUCAGUGUGCCUGCUUCCCUCGGAGCCUCCUCAUCCUCCUCCUCUGCUGAAUGAGGCUAAAAUGAAGAACAGAAUGAAAAGGAAGCACCUGCCGGAGUGACAAAUCCUGGUACUGUCAAUCUCAUUGGAAGGAACAACAUCUUAAAAUGGAGCUUCUACGUGGCAAGACCUUCAUUAAAAGUUACACACAAAAUCCUCCUGAAAACUUGCCCUGUAUUGGAGUUGCAGAUAAGAAGAUUCGAGAUGUUGAAAGAAGCAUUUCUAGAUUAGAUAAAACUAAUGGCUUCAGUAUCAGGGAGACAUCAAAUGGAAAAUGUGUGAACACUACAGAUAAUGACCGGUGCAACAAAUAUGUCAAAAAAAGCAAAACACAUGAUUGUGUCACAAAAGAAGACAAACUAGAGGAAAUCUCGUCUGCAAGUACAAAAGGCAGGAUUCCCAGCAGUGUCAGCUUCUCAGGAUUUGAAAAUAAAAAUGGAAAAGGAAAUUGUCAUUCAGCCACCAACCAACAAAUGAUUGACUACCGGAACUUUGUGCCACAGAUGCCUUUUGUACCAUCAGUGGCUAAAACUCUACCAAGGAAGAGAAUUUCCUUAAAAAAAACAAAAAAGGGGUUUAGAAACAUAUUUCAGUUGAAAAGAAAUAAAUGCCAAGACAUUGUAUCCCUGACCGAAACAAACAGGUUACAACAAAUACUAUUUAAUGCAGAAGAGGGGAAAAUGGAUUCAAGAGAGAUACAUCCUGACGAGCUAUCAGUUUAUGAAUUCUCUGAUAAUGAGUUAAAUAUCGACCCUAUUGAUCGUUAUCAUAGGUUUUGUGAGGAUGUGGCUUCUCUGAAGAGCUUUGAUUCUCUCACUGGCUGUGGGGAAAUAUUUGCAGAUGAAAAUCACACCUUUUUGGGUACAGAUGACAAAAAGGCUGGGCAUAAAUUGAAAUGUAUUACCAAAGACCGCUCCAUGUCAGGGACAUUUCAAGGUGGGGUUGAAAAACUUGCAUCACCAGCUAAAGCAGAAUCAGUCGAUUUUACAAGACUUUGUGGACACAACAAAUCUGCAAAAUGUUUUUGUUCAAAUCUGCAGGUUGAUCUCACAUUAUUUCCAGCCUCCCAAUAUACAGUUGCAAAGGAGGCUAGCCAUGCUCCCACGAUACAGCAGGAGCUGGAAUCCCCUUCUAAUGAUCUGGUAUCUUCCAAUGGAACUUUCACUGAUGCAGAAUCACCAGUUUCUACAAGUGAUGAAGGAUAUUGUGACUCAAUGUCCCCUGGAAUGUUUGAUGAAAAAAAGGAGAAUGCAUCUCUUCCAACAUAUCCAAGAGAUAGUUAUAGCGGAGAUGCACUUUUCGAGUUAUUUUAUAAUUCUAAUGAAACAACGCCAUGCUCUGCUUUAGACAGUGCACUAUCAAUAUCAGGGCACAGUACCGACAAUCCUCAGUCAAUGUAUAGCUUUUGUGUUGGCUCUGAGGAAAAUAUGGCAACACACAUAGCUAGCGAUCUAGUAGAAGAUUUUGGCCUUCAAGGUUCAUGGAAAGGGAAAGAAUGCUUGAUGAAGCUCUGUGACACUGAAUUGUCCUUAACAAUAGGGAUGGUAAACUGGUUGAGGAAGGCAGGUCAUAUUUCUGAAUCUCUAGUCACCAGUGAAGAUUUCUUUACCAGUGAGCAUGACGAAGCUGCAGAGGAAUUACAAAGUUGUGAUGGGGAAAACCAAGAGACCAUGAGACAUGAACUGAAAUCUGAGAGACAAAUAGCUAAAGAUGCCUUUAACCACAACGAAAAUGAAGACCAUGACUCCAAACACCAACAAGAAUUAAUAGGUCCACAGACAGAAGAGGCCCCAGUGUGUACAUCAGAGACCAGUCGUUUGGAGGAGAAGUCUGGGUCACUUCCAUCAGACAACCAAUCUAACUACAAACCACCACUUUUAUUCAGCAAUGAAGAUAAAUACAAGAAUGAGGUAGAAUCAUACAAUUGCUAUUUUAAUAAACUAGAUAACACAGAUUCUGUAAAUGUAUUCAACAGUUCCAAUGAACUUCAGCCUCCUAAAGCUGACAACCAAAACAAUAUUCAUUCACUUGACCUGGAAUGUAUUUCAAGCUGUAUGAAACCAACAAUGACUGAAAAUGAUCAGAACAUUAUCAAACUACUGGAGAGUUGUGCCAAUCAAAUUGCUUCAUUGCAUCUAUCAUACAAAGGCCACAGCAACCAGCAAGAAAAACACAUAAAUACAGAAAAAAUAAUACAAUCACAAGAGGUUUCCAAUAAUAUCAAGAAUUAUAUUGAACAGCACAAACAUGGCCUUCAGCCAACAAUUUACCCAGCUUUAUCCUGCAGGAAAGAAACCAAGGAAACCAACAAAGAAACAGCAAUAUCUCAACUCAUAAACUGUAAGGAAGAUUCCAAGGAUAAUCAUACAUCUCAGAUGUUCACAGAGCAGAUGAGAACACCAGUAUUUCUCAGCAGGCCAACAUUCCUACCAUAUUUUUGUAAUAAUUUUUCACCACUGAUUUCAAGAUGUUCUUCAGCUUUGUAUAAAAUGCAUAAUUCAAGGGAGGCUUCAAUAUUUUUGAAUACACCUAUUAAGUGUGACAAAUCCCUUGGAAACACUGAGGAGUAUAGCGAAGAUGCUAAUAGCACUUCCAGCCUGCUAGGUUCUGCAGAGAUGUCUAAAAGAACUGAAUCGCUUACACCCACUGCUUACGUUGAUGGAAAGAUUUACCAAUAGGAUUCAUAGGAUGCAUAAGUGAAGGCCCACAGAGAGAUGCUGUCUGGCGCAGUGCAUGUUGGCUGUGGAUUCAUGAAUGGGAAUGGCUGCUGAUAUUGUUAGUAUGCAACUGUUUAUUAUAAUUAGCCAUGGAGUUCCACUGUCCGGGGGAUAUGAAUAAAGUGUUGUUUUGUACCCACAUCCUGGCACUAAAAGUUAUAUAGGUGCAUUUAUUUAGCUCCGUGUUGCAUUUUCCCAACAUUUCUUUUAUACAUUAAACUAAUUUGUCUAUGAGAUUUGCCAUUUUCCCUAUUAGAAACAACAACAGAGCUGGAAAAUGGAGCACUACUUGUGUCUUCUACCAAAUGUUCCUAUUUAAACCAGGCACGGGCAGGUGGAGUCCCUCCAGUACAGCCCCAGAAUCAGCUGGCAGCUGUAGAAACCUUCACCUAGAGGGUUUCCAUGUGUCUGUGCUGGUCUUACAAUAAAUUAUAAACAUACACUGCAUUUGGAGAGAAACAUAGGAAAUAGCAGUUAUGUCUUAAUAUACACGGUGCUAACAGUAUAGUAACUGAAACAGCACCCUCAAGAGGAAACAGGUCCAAACAAGCCUUGCGCAGUCAGUGCCACUAAACAAAUGGAUCUUUCCCCAAUAUUACCCCCCACAUAGAAGGCAAAAGUGGGUUGAUCUAUUUGUUUCAACUCAAUGACGCCCCAUAAAAAAGCCACCUACUCUGCCUGAAGUUGGCCACUUAAAUCAGCAUUAGCCUGAUACCUAUAGCUCUACAUGUCAGGCCAAGGGAAGCCGUCGUUCAGAUAGCUGGCCACUUAUUACAACGAUGCAUGCCAUUAUCUGUAUGAUGUAUAUCUUUAAUAUAAGCUCACUGACAAACAAGUUGCAUGUGCACCUUCUCAGUGUCUGGCACUCAGUACAGAGGAGACAUAUUGUCAACAACUGCACUUACUUAGAUUGUAAGCUGUUUUGGGCAGGGCCCUCUUUACCUUUUUCUAUCAGUUAUUGGUUAUAUUUCUGUGUGUGAUCAUUAUGUUCAAUCUCUACAUCCAUUUAUUGUACAGUGAUUUAUAAAUACAUUAUCAAUAUUAUUAAUCAGAAUAAUAAUUACAAUAAUAUUCAAGGUAUUUAUAUUACAGAACACAUACUUCUCUGUGUUUUCUCUUAGUUUUGGUUAGAUAUACCAUAGUUAUAAAGCCAUUGAAUUUACAAUGUAGAAACAUGUAUUUUUAUUGCACAUAAUAGACUAAUUCUCUCUAAUAGCCUCUGCUAAGCAAGUGACCACAUUUAGGAGCAAAUGACAUUUGGGUGGCAUAACUGACUGUUCCUCUAUAUACGCUAUAUGAGGUGCGACUCCAUGCAUAUUGUUGCUGAUUUUUGCACCUAGCAGCAGAUUAAAGACCCAGGGCUAAAUGCAGAGCACAGCACUGAUGGGCAGCCCUGUCUUUAUAGGGCAAGAGGUAUAUACAGAGCUCCUUUGCGUCCUACACCUACCGCCACUCCCUAACUUGCAAUUUUGAAUAAUGAGAAUAUUGGGGGAUGGGUUUAUAAAUUGUUGAACCUAUGACUGGAUAACUGAUACAAUAAUGUUUUCAUAUAUUUGUGUGUUUUGAGUUAAAUGGGAACUAGAAUGAAAAUCAAGUUUUAAUAUAAACUUUAUCUCAUGGAAAUAACAAACUUUCUAUAAAUAAUCAAUUAAAAAUUCUGUCCCUUUUCCGAAAUGAUCAAGUUAUACUUCAUUAUCCCACUCUUGGCAAUCUAUCUCUCUAUAGGCAGCUUUGUGUCGGAGUCAGUUAUCUUGAAAGAUAGUUAAACCUAAUACAUUGACUAGGCAAAAGAAACAUACGUCAAUGUAUUUUACCUGUGAUGCAAGAUCUGACCUUGACUUGGUACAGAAUUUUUUUGUCAAUUAUUUAGAAUACUUCUUAUUUCAGUGAGAUAUAGAUUGAACAGGUAUGGGAUCCUUUAUCCAGAAAUCUGUUAUCCAGAAAGCUCUGAAUUAUGAAUUUUCUCUGUAAUAAUAAAACAGUACCUUGUACUUGAUCCCAACUAAGAUAUAAUUAAUCCUUAUUGGAGGCAGAACAAGCCUAUACCCAAUACACCCAGUAUUCAAUAAUACAAACUAUGAAAAGACCCCAGAGACAGAGAAUUCUGGACAAAAGGUCCCAUACCUGUAUUAUAUUUUUUAAUUUUCAUAAUAGGUUCCCUUAAAGGGGGCCCUCGCCAAAGAUAUAACCUGUGGACCAUGACUACUGGGUUAGGGGGAUUUCCUUAAUGGACAAAUUAAUGGUCCACUGAAACAAAACAGAUCUUUUUGCCACAAGAUCACUUAUAAUUUGCACUUUUUUCAUAGAUACAUAUAAGAAAUAUCCACUAUAUAAAAACUAACUAAUUAAUAAUAACUAGAAACCUAUUACUAACUAAUAAUAACUAGAAACAUAUGACUAACUUAUAAUAGUAUAACAUUUGCAGUCUGCAAGUAAAUCAGAUAUUUAAGCAAGUAAAUUCUAUGUCUAUGUCAAAUCAAUAUAAAUAUAUAGAUCCAGAUUUUAUUGAAAAGAGCAGUGUAUUUCAGCAAAAGGCAGAAAUUAUACAAAUGACAAAUAAUCAGUAUAUCUGUGUAUAAAAUGGAUUUAUGCUGAUCAUUUCUGAAUGUAUAUAGCUAUAUAGAAAGUGAGAGCGCGCCUGUGUCUGAGAGGGGAUGCAUCAUUACCCUUUUUGAUGACAUAUGGAAUCUGUGGCUGCUCCAAGGAGUUGUAGCAAUGGAGCUCCCUCUCAUAUGACUGAACAGAAUAUGCAGUUAAGCAUGUAUCCUUAAGAAGGAAUUGUUAUGGCAGGAUGCUCUUGUAUAAAGUAUUGCACUUUAAUGUAUGACAGCACGGCUUGCUCCUUUCUGAACGGCUUGUGCUAACAGAUGCCAAUAGUGUUACAAGUGCCAGUCUGGGGCACGUAGAUUUCUUUCCCCACUUCUUACUUCCAUUUGUGCCUUUAGGCCAAGGGCACACCGUUUGGAUGAAGCACUUUUCACUGCCUAUAUUUUGUAGCUCCACUGGCAGGCACGCCUUGUGCAGCUACACUGAGCAUAUUUUGGAUAGAAAAGGCAUACUUAGCCAUUUUGGGAUGGUGUGCCUGCCAGUGGAGCAACAUGAAGGAGCAAAUGGGAGGAGGACGAUCUGCAUGGUGUGCCCUUGGCCUUAGCUCUAAUGAAUAGACAGACUCUUGACAAAGAAGUGAAGGGAGCAUAAAAUAAACUCUUGCCCCAGCCGCUAAAAACAUAUAAAGGGUCAUUUACAGAUUACCAAGGAGCACAUGCUAGAGCAUUAGGGCCAACAAGGCCUUGUGCCCCAGUAAUGGCUACACUCUGCUGGAUUAAAAAAAAAAUGAGGAGCAAAGCAUCAAGAGACACAGGUGAGCCCUGUCAAUGGGCAACUUGUAAGGAGAGAGCCCUGUGCCGGCAUCUAUGCGCCUCCCAUCGUCUUCCUCUCUUGGGCAAUGCUCUAUUCCUCAGGCCUUUGUGCUUUGUGUAGGCCUUUGCACACUGUGUUCUGCAUUGUUAAUGACCUCUAAUCUGUAGUAAUUUCAAUAAAUGGACAAGCCUUUUUUUUAAGAAAAAAAAUAUAUACUCUAUAAGUAAGAAUAGUGCAUGAGUUGCAGUUUAUUGUUUUACAUGAAUGAACCAUGCUUUUAACAGGUAUAUAUAAAUAUAUAGUGCCCACUGUAUAGCAUGACUGGCUACCCAUUCAAUACUAAAUGUAGAGAGCUGCACGCAUAUGCCUUUGUUUUGUUUUCUCCCUCCCUCAGCCAAUUCCAGACCCCAAUACAAAAUGAUUGUAUAGAAUGGAGCUGCAAUAUGAUGAAAGACUGUAAAAGUAUAUCUUAUCUGACUUCAUUACCACAGAACUGAAGUGCUUGGUAUUUAUUCUGGUGUUUAUUUUUAUCUUUAUCAUUUUUUGUCUAUAUGAAAUGGAUCCUAUACUAAAUAACAGCAAAUGCUGAACAUGGGCAGCAAAGUAACUGGAGUAUUCAGAUUCUAUACUCUAAAAAAAUAUAAGACUUUUCCAUGUGCUGUUGUGCCCUGGGAUACACUCAUACCUGUGUAUUUCAUUCUUUGCAUUUUGGGUAGGUUUUAGCAAGUUGUGACGUGUACAUUUUUGUUUACCGGGUAUUAUUUCCUAAAAUGCCCCACUUGGGUUGACAUUUUCUUAAAUCCAAGAGGUUUUUCUAUAUCUAAGGAAAAAGUCAACAAUCUGUGAAUAUUAAUAAAUGAUGCUUUUUACUUACAAGCCAUUAAGGUAACUGAUGUCGCUGUAACAACGAUUGUACCAGAAUGUGCACAAAUGUUCCAGAAUGUACAGUAAAAUGAAUGUAACAGAAACAUUUUGGGGGGGGGUUUAGGAACAUGAAUAGACUUUUAUUGACCUUUUUAUGUGAUUUUCAAAAAUUCUAAUGGAUUUCUAAUUUUUUUUAAUAUUGUUGUGCCAAGAAAUAUUCAUGAGUGCCCAUUACAGAAUGUAUCAAUAACACUGUAUUUAAAAAUCCCUUUAAUCAAUAAAACAAAUUUCAAUUUA